CACACAUUCAGCCUCGUGCGCUUUGCAGCACUCCUGUCUUCAUCUCACUCCAGCUGCGUGAGCUGUGUUUCUUGGACACAGGCUACGAACAUGAACAUCUCAGGGAUACACCAUGGGACACUCCGCAUGUAUGGAGGAUUUAUUUUCAAACAGUGGAAGAAGAGGUUUCUCCAGCUAACAGCUGAGGGCAGUCUCCUGGUGUGCCAUGACGCACUGUCUCCUCCUGACCAAAUGGUGAUGUUGCACAGCACCUGUGAAACAAUUGUAGAAGGCAAAGAGAUCCUAGAUCUGCCCAAGUUACCGUCUGGUGGACGCAGGGAUUGCUGUUUCGCCCUGAUCCUGAUUCAGGAUAAAUACCUGCUGCUGCUGGCUGACACUCCUGCAGACUGCAGUCAAUGGCUGAAUAUCCUGAAAAAAACAAAAGAGAGUGUCUCAUCCCCUCUGCAUUCUUGUAAGCGUCAUCAGAUCCCAACCCCACGCAUCGCUCUCAAAGAUCUGGCACCAGAACAAAUCGCAGACAAGGGCCUACCAACUCCACCUGUCAGUGAUGCAGAGUCGUCGUCUCCAGGGCUUGAUGGCUCACGCAGGGAGAAAGACAGGAAAUCUCCAAAUGCAAAGCAGAGCAAAGGAAGUAUACAUUCAGCGGGGUGUCUGCGCCAUGGCACUGCCAAUAACGCCCAGGCAGUGAGGGCAGUUUAUCUGCUGAUGGGAGGGGCUGCGGCUUCCUCUGCUAUGGGUUACCUGGGAGCAUGUGCUCCCUCUAAUCUGGAGGCCAAGGCUGCCGACCUGCCACCAAACACAGAUUUCUCUGACAUGGCACCAGCAGGAGUGCAUCACGCAGGCAGCCACGCGCUUGACUCGCCUCACUUCCACAGCUUUGACUUUGAAGUGGCGGACUCGGCGGACUUUGAUGCCUUUGACUGUGGUGGAUUUUCUUUCUAGUAACAAGUGGCAGCUGUGGGGGAGGGCAGAGUUACUUAAAUUGCAGUCCAAUACUGAAUCUGUUAAUGGAUGUUUCAGUGAAGGCUUUGGGGGGUUUAAUUCCAAAUUCUGUAAAUCCUCCAAGGAAAAAAUGCUGAUUGAAGUUUAGUCAGCAUUUCCCAUGACAUUUCACACACAUGACAUUCCCAAAGGCCAGUCAGCCUAUUGCAUAGCCAAAGGUCUUAAGAUUAAUCAUAACUUUGGCAAUAACCAAUAUUGUGCUUUACCUUCCACAUUAUCAUUUUGUAAGAAUAUGUCAUUUUUUAUUUCCUCUUGCAAUCAAACUCCUCCCACUUGUAUAUGGAUUAUUAGUCAAUGUGAAAUAAAUUAUAGCACACUGAGAGCAUUAUCAAUGAUUAUGAACAUGGCACAGUUUUGUCAGAAUAUAUAAUGAAUAUAUUUCCGUGUUUUGAUACUGCUAUGAGGCAUAUAUAUUCACUAGUAUGAUCUGUGAUGUGUGUUUGUUUGGAUAACUGUACUGUGGAUGUUAAUGAGACAUUUGGGGAAAUUAAACAAAAUCCAUCUCCUACUUACCCAUUUUUACAUAUCAUGGUAUGAAGAUGCUUAUGUUUGUUUUGAGAACUGGCUUCAAAUCCCACAUGUACCUAAAUAAUUUAUCCCAGUAUGUGCUCAAGCACACUGAAGCAGUAUUCAUCCUAUAACUGAAAUCCCCAUGUAUCGAAGUGACCAGAUAACGGCUAUGAUUGUAUGUAAAAGUGAUUUUUUUCCUUUAUCAAAGUGAAUACUCUGUGAAACCUGCUGUUACAGACUCAAGCAUUUUGGAUGAUCUUAUAUCAUUUAGCUAGAUUUGUCCCUGAGGCAUAUUGUAGCAAGUGGAUGAAUGUUUUGUAGAUUUUUUUUUUUUUUUUUUUUUUUUUUUAUUUUAGACCUACUUUUUACUGUUAAUAUGAUUAUAAUGCACCUCUGCCUCAUAAUGCACUCUGAUUAAAGUAUUCCUCUUGUCAAACUU